AUGUCCGGGGCCGAGGCCGUCAUUGGCACUAUUGCCAGUGUUGUCGCCGUCUGCACUUCAGCGCGCGAUGGCUACAAGUCCAUCCAGGAUAUGCGCGACCUCCCAGUGAUAUUUCGGCAGGUCGAACCCAAAAUCUCAAUCAUCAUCGGCACUCUCGAGACGAUCCAGGAGGAGGCCCGCACUGCCACUAUUGUUCGACUCGAGGAGAUCAACAAGGUCGCCGCGUCAUGCCAGCCAAAGGUGGACAAGCUCAGCCUGAUCUCGGAGAAGCUCAAGGUCGACGAUUCCAACUCCUUGAUCGACAAGUACGUCUCGAUUGUCCGCCGAUGGGGGAAAAAAGGACGCGUUGAGGACCUCCUCAAAGAUCUCAUCCAGGCGAUGGUCCGUCUUGCGGCGCACUGCUCAGUUGCAACCGCGCGCGAACAGCAGCUGUCCCUCCUGAAGCAGGCCCUGACCGAUCUUGAGGAAACUGGGCAGUCGAUCCCUGAUUCUAUGUUGGAGGCUAGAGGAACAAGCAUCUCGAUUGCAGGCACUGGCACGCAGCAAAACCAGAUCGGCAACAAUAACACCCUGAACAGCACCGGAGGGGGGCAUGUCUUUGGGAGCCCCCCGAGAAUUCUCACAACAGAUGAGGCUUGCUUGCUGUGGAUCAAGGGGGAUCCAGGCAAGGGAAAGACUAUGUUGCUUUGCGGGAUUAUCAACGAGCGCAAGACCAUCAACCCGGGAAUUCUGCUUAACAUCCUUCGACGCCCACUCCUGGUCCAGAACUCGGGCGACGCCCAUGCCUUCCUUGUCAUCGAUGCGCUUGACGAGUGCACGAUCUUAUCCACCUGCCCAAGAGUUAAAUGGAUCGCUUCCAGCCGAAGCUUUUACAAUAUCGAAGAACGGCUGCGGACUGCGGAACAAAUUUCCCGACUAUCCCUUGAGCUCAACAAGGACUCCGUAUCUGCUGCCGUCAAAGCCUCCCAUCUCUUCAAGAACUUUCAGGGCACCUUCCUCUGGGCGGCAUUGGCUAUCCGGGCACUAUACGAUGUUGCCAUCCCCUCCAAGGUCCACCCCACGCUGAGAUCAUUUUUACCUGGAUUCGAUAGCCCGUACGAAAGGGCAAGGUACGAGAAAUUCAAUCUUUUCGUCAACUCUACUUCCCCAGGAUACCUUGACUUGAUGGGGCUCAUUGGGCUGAGUGUCGAAGUGAUCAAGGAGCUGAUAGAGGCUGUCUGCCAGACGAAACCGAAUCCUGUAUGGCGCCUGGGGAGUCGCUGA